AUGUACGAUCAAAGCAGGGAUAAGGAGUCUCCCGAAGAAACAUCUCCUCGACAUUUACGAUCUACAAGAAGUUUCCAACCAAAACGAGUCUCUGAACUACCUCCCUUGGAGUCCGACUCAGAAUCCGAUGGCGACGGAAAUUUAAAUUGUGCUAUUCUAAAUGAUUCCUUCCUACUGACUCCAUCAAAAGGAAUCGAUGAUGAAGAAAGCGUGGAUAAAAAAGAUUCAGCACCGGUUAGUCAUAUGGCUGAUGGUAUAUCCAAGUCGCGACUUAAGCUGGAGGACAAACUAGCUGCGUCGGAUAUUGCAACAGCCGACCAAAAAGCAGGAAAGCGACCUCCUCUAGUCGAACGCACGCAACUAGACACGAAGCUCACUCAUGAAUCUUCACCAACUAAAUCGUCCCGCAGUCACGAUUCCGGGUACAGUGCCAGUGGCACUAUCGACAUCGUCAACGAAUUAUCUCAUACCGCGCGCAAACCGUCGAAACUUUUGUCCUCAGUACCACAGAGCCCUGCUUGCAUGCAGACGAUACCGAAGGAUAUGGAACCCGAUAAAAGCCGUCACCAAUUUAUUACACCGAGAGAAAAGUUUCCUGGAAAUUUGCUUCGAGAAACCGGAUCCAAGAUGUUUACUUCCACAACAGUACGAAAAUCACGCAAUACAAUUGAAAAUGAGUUCAAAUCGCAAAAGGUGCUCUUUGCAACCCCCGUUGUGAUGCCUCGUCCACCAGUUAAUUUUCUGCCUGACGAUAGUCUCAACUACUCGUUGAUGAACACGCCCGGUGCCGUUCGAGCAUCGAAGCAUUUAUCUCCCAUUAAGGAACAGCAAAAAAUAUCGAAGCGGUCCACUAAGCAGCUUUUCGGUGGGCUCGAUGGCCCUGAAAUAGCCCCGACGAUCGAUGCUCCGGUAGCAAAUGUUCCAGUAGUUGACAACAGCGUAGAAUCAAUAGAACAACCAUUACAACCGAAAGAACGACCGAUUGUAAUCAACGGAAAAGAGUAUAUAGUCCUGAAAAAGCUUGGAUCCGGAGGAUCUAGUUCCGUCUUCCUUGCCAAGCAAGUGACUUCUGGGAUAGAGUGCGCUGUUAAGCUUGUUAACUUGAACGGCGAUGCAAACUUGGUUGAAGGAUAUCUCAACGAAACUAAAUUGCUCGCGAAAUUGCAAACAAAUGAAAAUGUUAUUGCCCUUUACGACUACGCUCAUAUUCCCGAGGCAGGCCAACUGUUCCUUGUGAUGGAAAAAGGUGAGUGCGAUCUGCACCGAAUUCUGCAGGGUUACACCGCGGACAUCCCUCUUUAUACGCUCAUGAGUAUUUGGUAUCAGAUGGUACAAUGCGUACACUACAUCCACGAGAAUAGUGUGAUUCAUCUGGACCUGAAACCGGCCAAUUUUCUUAUGAUCCGAGGUCGACUGAAGCUGAUCGAUUUUGGAAUCGCUAGCAAUAUUUCGUACGACUCAACCAGUAUUAUGAAGUUUUCCCAAGCUGGAACCUUCAACUAUAUCAGCCCCGAGGCUCUGAUUGAUACCUCAGGCGAGAUGAGCCCGGCCGGAUCACAGCCACGCAUUAAAAUGUCAAAGAAAUCGGAUAUCUGGUCGCUGGGUUGCAUUCUGUAUUUGUUGCUCUACAAACGGACACCGUUUGCUCAUAUAAAAAAUGUCUACACGAAGGUGAAUGCCAUCACAAAUCCCAACACGACAAUAGACUAUCCUCCGCUGGCUUCGUACUAUCCAGUCAUGCUGCUCGAUAUUUUAAAACGAUGCCUUCGUUAUGACGCCAAAUCUAGAGCUUCCACUGCAGAGUUGCUGGAAUAUCCGUACCAUAUGGUUAUUUCAAUCAACAAAUAA